AUGGCCACGGAGCAUCCCAACAAUAUCAAAUUACCCUCUUUGGGAGAAUCAUUUGACAUUACUGGAACGUACCUCAAGUUUUUAGAGGAGGAUAAGGAUAUGACGAUGCCCAUUGCAGCAAUUGAGUCAUUAGUCACCAUGUUGCGUUUCAAGCUGCCCUCAACAUCAUCAGAAUUGAUCAAUUUAGUCUCAAAGAAUAUCGAAAUCCUUAAAUCAUCCAUCCCAAAUAACAUUUCAUUAUCUGCCGGAUGUGACUUGUUCAUGCGAUUUAUUUUGAGAAAUACAAAUAUCUACAGUGACUGGGAAUCGUUUUCCAAGAACCUUAUAGAGAAUGGAGAGUUGUUUGUGCAAAGAGCUAAAAUCUCCCGUGAUAAGCUGGCCGAGUUUGGUGUGUCCUUUAUUAAGGAUGACGAUAUUAUUCUUGUUCAUAGUUAUUCUCGUGUGGUAUUUAAUCUUUUACUCAAGGCCAAACAGGAGCAGCUAACAAGAUUCAAAGUUUUAGUGACGGAGCUGAGGCCCACAGAGAAUGGUUUUAUUAUGGCGCAAAAGUUGAAAGAAGCAGAUAUACCGUGCGAAGUCAUUGUUGAUAAUGCUGUUGGUUAUGUAUUGCACAAGGUGGAUAAGAUCUUUGUCGGUGCUGAGGGAGUAGCUGAAAGUGGUGGUAUCAUCAAUCACAUUGGAACAUAUCAAAUCGGCUGUCUUGCAAAAGUCAACAAUAAGCCGUUUUAUGUGAUAACAGAGUCCCACAAAUUCGUUCGAUUGUUCCCCUUGGCGCCUAAUGAUUUGCCAAACAUGAACUAUAUUGCCACUUUGGGAGAACAGGAACAUGAGUUUGGCGAGUAUUUCAAAAAGCAUAGUGAACAAUUGACUGAGAACAAACAUUUUGUGGAUUUUACACCACAUGAAUACAUCACGGCAUUGGUAACCGACUUGGGAGUGUUGACGCCGUCAGCAGUCAGUGAAGAGUUGAUCAAAAUCUGGUACGACUAA